AUGUCUGAAAUCUUCAGCGUGCGGAAGAUACUUUGUAGGAGUAUCUUGAUGAUGAUGGUGUUGGUGGAGGGCUGGGAUAUUGAUGGUCAUGAAGCAGUUGGGAUGGUGGCGAUGUCGGCAUUGGAUGGGAGGGCAUCCAAUCAAUUGAAGAGACUCCUUCAAGGGAAGGAUGCUGUUGAAGAUGCUGGAUGGGCUCACAAGGCGGAGUCGGCCAUUCCAUGGUCCAAGCCGCUCCACUUCAUAGCACAGUCUGAGCCGUUCUCAAGCACCCUAGUCGCCGAUGAAAUCACAUGCCCUCAGGGCAACUGCCUCCUAGAGGCUAUCAAACUGUUCUACGACCAAGCUAAAGGCGAUACGUCGAAGGAGUCCCAGAGGGACAGACUAAUGAGGUCGUCGACGAGACUACCAGUUCCAGUGACGGAUGCCGACGCCGUUAGAUUCCUCAUCAAUUUGAUCGGUGACAUGCAUCAACCAUUACAUGAGGGCUUCCAGAUUGAUGACUUUGGACGGAAGACUCUUGUCAAACUACCGGUUGGAUCUACGACGUCUCUGUAUGAGAUGUGGGACCACGAGAUUAUUCGAGCGACAAUAAAGGAUUAUCCGCAGUUUUGGUGGAGUGGCUGGACUCGAAUUGAAGGGGUGGACACUAGUGCAUACGAAGAAGACAAGAAGCUGUGGCACAAGGACAACAAGGCUGCCCUUGAUAAGUGGUUCAAUGAAAACGCAGAAUUUGCGAAUAAAUUCAUCUACACCAACCCAUUGACGGGUGAGCGCCUGCCACUGAACAAUAAUUCUCCUUACGAGAUGGACCCGGCCCUAUACGCUAGAUGGCGACAACUGCUAACACAGCGUAUAUUGCUCGCUGGAGCAAGGACGGCUAUCGUGUUGAAUGACAUCCUUGAUUCAAGUGCUGCUCCUGGCUUGAGAUCGGGAAGCAUCGUCUCCCCAGAGCCAGCCAGUGACAUAGAAAUAGACGAUGCUGAGUUUGGAGAUCAACCAGGUCGAAGGAGGCGGAAAUUGGACACCAAAUCGGACAUCUUAUUACAGCUAACUCUCCUUGCGGUGGUGGUUGGUGUUGGUAUAGGAGUUUACUUUAUUAUGACGAUGAUGUCCAAGAGGAAGGGAGGACAGGCGGGAGGGCCGCCAGCUGGGGGGAUUAAGCUGUCGGCAGUUGGGCAGACCAAGAAGCAAAUGGUCGAUUAAGGCAUCACAUUGGUCACUUUUUUUCAACAAUCUUCGCUUCGCGAGGGGAUCUAAAUUGUCAUCAUUUUAUUCACCCGACCUCAAGAGGUUCGUCGUUUUUUAC